AGGGAAGGGCUCACCAUGAUCCAGGGGAAACUGAGGCAGCUGCUGCCGGAGGUGGAUGUGGACCCUCGCACCAUCUCAGCCCUGCUCUGCGGCUCGGCUGCAGCCGUCCUGGUGCUGAAGUGGGUGAGGAGGAGACGGAUCCAGGAGAAGAUCGAAGAGGCGAGGCGGUGGCGGGAGCAGGGCUUGGCUCAAAUGGAAAAGGCUGCUCAUCUCUUCAAGCAGCAGAACCCAGGGGUCCAGUCUGAUCACAUCCUCUCCCUGUCGCUGGUGGAGCUGGGUGAGAAACUGAAGGAAGGUUCCCUGUCUCCAGAGAGCGUCCUCUACACCUAUAUGGACAAGGCCUUGGCAGUGACUCAGGAGGUGAACUGUGUGACCGAUUUUAUAUCAGAGUGCGAGGAGCAGCUGAAGGAACUGAGACGGCAGAAGGAGAAGGGCUUGCUGUAUGGCAUUCCUGUCAGCAUCAAGGAUCACAUCGGCUACAAGGGCCAUGUCUCCACCUGCGGCUUGAUCCAUUACCUCGGGUCCCCGGAGGAAGACGACAGUGUAUUAGUCAAGGUUUUAAAGAGGCAGGGAGCGAUUCCGUUUGUGAAGACCAACACUUCACAGUCCAUGAUCAACUAUGACUGCAGUAACGUCAUCUUCGGCCAAACAGUGAAUCCUCACAACCAUAAGAAAAGCCCCGGCGGCUCCUCCGGAGGGGAGGGAGCACUGAUCGCAGGAGGAGGGUCCAUCCUGGGCUUUGGGUCAGAUGUUGCUGGGAGCAUCCGCCUGCCAUCCAGCUUCUGCGGGCUGUGUGGGUUCAAACCGACGGGCUACAGGCUGAGUAUCUCGGGUCUUGCCAGUCCCAUAGAUGGCAUGAGAUCAGUUAGUUUCAUGGUGGGGCCCAUAGCGAGGGAUGUGGACAGCCUCGCUCUGUGUAUGAGGGCGCUUCUGUGUGAGGAGUUAUUCAGCUUGGACCCCACCGUGCCACCUCUUCCCUUCAAUGAGGAGGUGUACUCCAGCUCCAGACCCCUUCGGAUCGGGUAUUACGAUGGCGAUGGCUAUUUCCAGCCCUCUCCUAGCAUGAGACGUGCUGUCCAGGAAACCAAAGUGCUUCUCGAACAAGCAGGGCAUACGCUGGUCCCUUUUGCUCCCCCUCGGAUCAAUUUUGUGGUGGAUGAGCUGUUCACCAAAGGCAUCUUUUCUGAUGGAGUCUCCACUUUGCUGGAGAAGUUCGAAGGAGAUAUUGUGGAUCCCACCUUGAAGUCCCAGAUUAAUUGUUACAGACUGCCGAUUCUAGCGAAGAAGAUUUUGGCUCUCCUCUUAAAACCAGUGUAUCCUCGAAUUGCUGGAGAUCUGAAAGCGCUCUGUGGAGCUGGGUCAGUGAAAAACCUGUGGAAGCAGGACGUUGCCCUGGCGGCUUACUGUAAGGAAUUCAUUGCUAAAUGGAGGAAGCUGCAGCUCAAUGUCAUUUUGUGUCCUGCUCUGGGCCCUGCCUUUAAUGAGGGAUAUCCUGGGAAGCUCUUUGCUGCCACGUCCUACACCAACUUAUACAACGUCUUAAACUUCCCUGCUGGGGUCGUGCCGGUCACCACCGUCACGGAGGCUGAUGAAGAGCAGCUGAAACGUUACCACGGGCAUUACCAUGAUCCCUGGGAUAAGAGGCUGAAACAGGCCGUGGAAGGAGCCGUGGGGCUGCCCGUGGUUGUGCAGUGCGUGGCCCUGCCGUGGCAGGAGGAGCUGUGCCUCCGCUUCAUGAAGGAGGUGGAGACGCUGGCCCGUGGGAGGAAGAGGAAGCAUGUGUGACUGCUCAGAGGAUGCUUGCCUAAGGGGAGCCGGGCUGUGUUUCAAUAAAACCUUGCUUGCAUUGCUGAGUCUGUUCCACCGCGGUGAGGCUGGUCUCUGUUAAUUUUUUUUCCGAAAGUCUAAAGGGCAGACUGUGAGUAGGUGAGUCAAUGUGUAGCCAGGAGCCACCAAGCCAAAUAACCCUAGAGGAACACCAGCAAAAACAGCACGGGCGCUAGGCAUUCACACCACAGUUGGUAUUCGCAUAUCCAAGUACCACUUUCCAUGAAGGGAUGGGAUGUAUUUGGGU